GGAGGCCCCGGCCAGCACCGCGGCGGCGACAGGCGAAGCGGGCCCGGCCAGCAGCACCACCAGUCGCAGCAGCAGCACCACUCGUCGCAGCAGCACCACUCGUCCCUGUCGCAGCAGCACCAACAGCAACAACAAGGCUCUGGAGGGGAGAAAAUGUCCGAUGCGGAGGGGUUUAAAGCAAAUUUGUCACUUCUGAGGCGGCCUGGAGAAAAGACCUAUACACAGCGCUGUCGUCUUUUUGUUGGGAAUUUGCCAGCUGAUAUCACAGAGGAAGAAUUUAAAAGGUUAUUUGCUAAAUAUGGUGAACCUGGUGAAGUCUUCAUCAACAAAGGAAAAGGCUUUGGUUUUAUAAAGCUGGAAUCCCGUGCUCUGGCUGAGAUUGCGAAGGCUGAACUGGAUGAUAUUCCCAUGAGAGGAAGGCAGCUUCGUGUGCGUUUUGCCACCCAUGCGGCUGCUCUUUCUGUUCGUAAUCUUUCCCCAUAUGUAUCAAAUGAACUGCUGGAAGAAGCCUUUUCCCAGUUUGGCCCAAUUGAAAGAGCCGUUGUGAUUGUCGAUGACCGUGGACGAUCAACAGGAAAAGGCAUUGUAGAAUUUGCCUCUAAGCCUGCAGCACGAAAAGCAUUUGAGCGCUGCACUGAAGGUGUAUUUCUUUUGACAACCACUCCUAGGCCAGUUAUUGUGGAGCCACUUGAACAACUGGAUGAUGAAGAUGGUCUUCCUGAAAAACUGGCUCAGAAAAAUCCAAUGUACCAAAAGGAAAGAGAGACUCCUCCUCGUUUUGCACAACCUGGAACUUUUGAAUAUGAAUACUCUCAGCGGUGGAAAUCUUUGGAUGAAAUGGAGAAACAACAGAGAGAUCAGGUGGAGAAAAACAUGAAAGAUGCCAAGGAUAAACUGGAAAGUGAAAUGGAAGAUGCCUAUCAUGAGCAUCAGGCAAAUCUCUUGCGCCAAGAUCUCAUGCGGAGACAGGAAGAGCUGAGGCGUAUGGAAGAACUUCACAAUCAAGAGAUGCAGAAACGCAAGGAAAUGCAAUUAAGGCAGGAAGAAGAGCGCCGUAGGCGGGAGGAGGAGAUGAUGAUCCGCCAGCGUGAAAUGGAAGAACAAAUGAGAAGACAGAGGGAAGAAAGUUACAGUAGAAUGGGUUACAUGGACCCUGUAAGUCAGGGCUGGAAGAAUCCCAGUAGUCUGGUUACCCAGAGGGAGAGAGACAUGAGGAUGGGUGGUACAAGCACCAUGAACAUGGGAGAUCCCUAUGGUACAGCUGCUCAGAAGUUCCCACCUUUAGCGGGUGGUACUGGCCUUGGCUAUGAAACCAGUCCUGGAGUUGGACAAGCAUCUAUGAGUGGCUCUAUGAUGGGGAGCGAUAUGCGUGCUGAGCGAUUUGGGCAGGGAGGGGCGGGGCCUGUAGGUGGCCAGGGCCCUAGAGGAAUGGGGCCUGGAACUCCAGCAGCUUAUGGGAGAGGCAGAGAAGAAUAUGAAGGCCCCAACAAAAAGCCCCGGUUUUAGAUGUGACGUAGAUUUUCAUUCCAGUUUUUGUUUGUCUUGUUUAGACACUAACUUUUUUUUAAUUCUUGCAUUUUAGUAAGAAAGCUACGUUUUUAUGAAUGUUAGAAACUUAAUGACCUAGAAUUUGUAAGUGGUCUGGGCAAGAAAAAUAUAAUUAUGUAAUGCAGUGUUCAAAACUUAGCUUUUUUGAUGUAUAACGUCCCUACCUUGAUGGCAGUGUACCGUGUGCCAUUUGAAUUCCCAACUGUAAACUUUUUUUACUGUGCUUAAAAUAAAUAGACUAAAUGUAGCCAUUAUGCUGACAUUUCUGUUCACAUUUCUGGGUGUGCAGGCAAGUAUACCAGCACCUUUGAACAUCCCGUAGAUCACCUGAAAUCUGAUUGGUUUAGUUUUCAAAAUGGCUUAGAUUCUGCCAUGACCUAAAAUGUCUUCAUUGGCCUACGUUACCAGUAUGCAAUGUUUGAGAUGUAAUUAGAUUUGAGUAUGAAACAACUUGAUGGGGUAAAGUUUCAACUGAGACUAAGCUUCUAAUAUUAAUUUUAUAGAAGCUGCAGAAAAAGUAGCAUUAGAUUUUGCAUUUAGGUUCUUAAUUUUAAUUGGCCUUCAGUAGGAGAAUGAAGGGAAACUUUACAAGUGUGGGGCUUAGGCUCAAGUGAUGUAGUCCCAUGAAUUAUUUGUCCUUCCCGGGUAAGAAGGUGGGAGAAAGUGGAUGUUGGCAGGUAUCUGGUAGCUUUUGCUGCUGGUUUCCUCAGCCUAUCCCCCACUUCUAUGUUCCAUAACUCUGCUAGUACAGCCUGAUUAUACUGAUCUCCCCCUAAAGGGUGGCUCAACGUGACAUGCCCUCUGACAUGGCUUGAUACUUAGGAAGAGGCUGGCCUAAUUUGAUGUUGAACUGCGUUUCACAGAAAAGCUCUCGAGUGGGUGGGCAUGUGUAUUUGUGAUGUGAGUCAUGAUUUGGGAAACAGGAGAGCAGAAAUGAAAGUAUCCUUUUUAAACUUCAGGGUUUAAAACAUGCCUAGUGUCCUGCACUGUAGUACCUGACCAGGUAAACCUGACUUUUUGGGAUCUCAAUAAAAUUAGAAGGUUUAUGUCCUGGCUAUGUAGUACAAAUUUGUGAUGAAUUUGGGAGAAAAGAUGAGCAUUUCAUCCUUAACCUACUGUAUCAUGUGCAUGAAUUCAAGGUGUGCUGAACUCCAUACACUGGAGACCUCUAAUGUGCUGGGUGCCAAGUUUCCCAGUGUAAAAGUAACUAUAGGUUGAUGAAAAGAUCAACCUGAUUUGAAAGAUUACUCUGAUUUAAUUCUGUACUUUUUUCUCAUACAAUAUUUGAGUGUCAUAUGGUAUCUGGUUCUUUAAAUCAGGGGUGGGGAGCAGUUUCCCCCUUUUCUGCUGAGGGCUGCAUUCCCUGGGAAUAAUUGUCAGGGAGCUGCAUGCUAGCAAAGAGCAGAUCUGGACCCUAGGUUCAGCAGACCCAACUCAUUUGCCUCCUUUCUUUCUCCAGCAUUUCUUAAGAGGUCUGGACUUAAUUCACUUGGAGAGCGCAUGUUUCCUUCCCAAAAUCUAUUUCGGCUUGUUUUCCUCUUCUCCAUACCAUUCGCUCCUCCUUGUGUGGGGCUUCCUUUUCCACUAUGAAAUUUGGUUAACGGUCACAUAUGGCCCCUGGACCCUGAUGGUUUCCCCACCCCUACUUUAAAUGUCUCAAUCUAUUUUUGGGAAGAGUGGACUGUCUGUAAUGUUCUUGCAGCAUGAGUGGAUACGAUCUUGGUGCCAUCAGUUAUUAAGAACUUGGACUAAAGCUUUUGUACUAAGCAAAUGUUUCCUGCACAAGAAUCCUGAUAAACUUUUGACGGUCAUGCUUGCUGGAUGACUGGCCUCUAAUUUAGGGUUGUGGUUGGAAUGAUUGACUUUCACAGAAAGUGUUCCAAGAAGUUACAACGUGACACCAGCAACUUAUUCAAAUAAUAGGAAUAAUGAUAACCUGCAGUUUUUUUGCACUGGAGACUAAUGGAGAGAUGUUUUUGUAAUACAAUUCAGUGAAAUUUGGAGUUCUUGUUGGGUUUUAAGGGCUCAGCCUUGGGUUGGGGGUUUCUAAGGAUUGUGCGUGGGACAUGUACUCUAGGAAUUCAGAUUAAUGGGUGGGGCCUCUCGAGAUGGACACUAAUUUUCAGUUUAUUUUUCAGAUUACAUGCCAUUUUCCUUUAGGAUGCUGGCCCAUAUCCUAAACCAUGCUCUUUUGUAGGCUGAUGAUCUUAUUAACUUUCCUGAGGUCCAUCUCUUGUUUCAUUCUGCCUAAAAUCAGGUGUAUGUGAAGAAUAACACAGGAAGUAGUGAGAGUUGCAGAAGACACUGAGACCUUAUUUGAGAAAUGCAAUAUCUCCCAGCUGCACACACAUUUAAACUCCUGUGCAGCAGUCUGACUUCAAAAACCCAUGCAGUAGGCUGGGUCCUGAGUCUGUAGAUGAACCAAUUUUGAGUUUUCACUGAAUUGAAUGUUCUGUUUCAUUAGUAGAUUUUCCCCCAUUGGGGUUUCAACGUGUAUUUAAGCUUGUCUGCUGGUGCACUUUCUGCAGAUGAGUGACUUCCUAUUCUGCAUGCCCAUUCAGCUUCUAGUUCAUGUAUUAAAAAAGGGUCUCAGUGCACCGCCCAGAGGAUCCUCCCAUGUUUUCACACCCCUAGCAUGUUAUAAACACAUUCUUGCCCAUUAUAAUGCAAAACUGAAUUUCUGUUUCUGUGCGUAUUCUGUGGUAUCUUUGUUUUCUUAAAAAAAAAGUUCUUGGCAUCUCUUUGGCAACUGCUUGUGGCAGCAUGCUUUUUUUUCUGGAGUUUGGGACUGCAAGUUGACACGGUUUUAAAGUAGUGCCCUGCUACAUAACAGCACUUAGACAGCAUUUCUGCAGUGCAUAACUGUGAGGAACGUAGUACCACAAGUGGCAAUGGACAUUAGGACCUGGAUGUAGUAUUCCUGCUUGCUCCGAGAUUCUCAUUGUCGCCUGCACACAGGUAGGUAAAAAGCACUAUAAAUCUAACUUGGUGACUUUCUGUGUAAUCUUGCUGUGGGGUACUCUGGCAUCACACUUCCGACCAUGGGAUUUCAGUGCAGCACUCCCUGUACUAUGUGGUACUUAGAAUUGAGGCCUGAACUGCCAUUGGAAUUAGGCAGCCUGAACUGUAAUGCUGGGACUUGUGCCUCAGACCCGUGAUUUCUUCAUGCUUACGACUUUCCAUCUUUACUGUGUGUCAGAAGAAUUUUUUAGAGCUCAAGUGGGUGGGUGGGGAACGGAUAUAGCCGGUAAAUACCUUAAAAAGUCCUCUUUGGCGCUCAUAAUAGGAAUAAGUACUUGUACUUAAUAUGUGAUUAGGGCUCAUGAUAGCAGUUAUAUAGCCCUCUUUGGGCUAGACAGAUAAAUGCAUUGAUUACUUGCUCUGGGCUAUAAAUGGUUGCUGUUUUGGGGUGUGGUAUAAUGCAACUUCAGUGGUCAGUCAUGCUAUGUGUUUGGGUGGCUGUGGGAUGAUGGCUGUGGUAUUUGCUCAAGUGAUAUACCGAAAAAUUGGGAGCUCCCACUUCUCAUAUGGCAUGCAUCUUUCUCUAGAAAUGUAUCUUCCUCGGCUUCUUUGAUGGGGAACAUACAUCGUAGUCACAUGCCUGACAUGUAUUGCCCUCCAGGUCUUUUGGCUUUGUUGUGCUAGUUAGUUGAAUGUGUUUUCAAAGUGAUUUUUCUGCUCUGGUUUUUGGCCAGUCCACAAGAAUUAGCAGUAUUUUAUUUAAGCCUAAAGUGUGUUUUUAUCAGUCCUAGGCAGGUAUUGUAAUUCCAGUAAAAAGACUUACUAAAUGAGCAGGAUUCAGCAAUGAAUCUGGCAGAUAAUAAAGUCUGGGAUAAACCAAUAUCUCAGUAAGCUGCAAGAGAAAAGCGUACUUGAGGUCCUGUCCAUAUGGACAGCAUAUACACUAUGCAAGACUCUUUUUGCUCACACUAAGCUAGAUCUUCAUAGCUAGUGGCAACAGAUCCACUCUGAACUUAGUAAAGAACAAAGCAGUAUCCUUGCUGUGCAACUGGGUAGCAAUUCUUGCCAACCAUAGUAAGUCCAAUAUACAAAGGGUUUACUUGAUGUGUGGGACUAUACUAAUAAGUAUUGCUCUCUGUACAGUUGGAUUCUGUAGAUGCUUCCCUCUUAAGACACAUGAAUUGGAGUAGGUCUGUGGGGUAGCGUCCUGCUACAGUGAUGUGAAAGAAUACAACAAAUACCUUUAAUUAAAGGCAGUAACUCUUUGUCUCCUUUAAAAUCCCAUUUUGUGUCAGUGGCAUGAAAAAUAAGUUCCCAAGUGCUGGCAUUGGGUUCCAUUUUUAACGGUUUUAAUGCUUCAUUCUGGUCUGUGUUUUUCAUUCUUCAAUAACGCUGACUUCAGAGCUCAGAAGUGUGGUGCCAGAAUACAUUUAUGCGUAAUUUGAUAGGCCUUCAGUUCCGAUUGCUGGUGCUGUCAGGAAGGAGAAGCACUGCAUCUUUUGGUGGGGGGAGGGAGGGAGGCGUUUCUGCACUGAGUGUGCAAAACGUACCUGUUGGCUGACAUCCCCCCCCUUCCCCAUCCCAGUAGCUCAGCAGAAGCCGGAGACUAGAGUAUAUGUGUCCCAGCAAAAUGUGGGCUACGUCUCUGCUACCGAUUUCCAGGAAGGCCUAUGGUCACAUAACGUACAUUAAAAUGGAGUCCAACAUGAACAGAUUGUGCUUUUUUAAGGUUGGUUUGGACCAUGGGUUGUUUCCCACCAUCCCAGCUAGCAAGGUUGGAAUCAACAGGUCAGUUGCAGAUCUGUCUUUAUGCCACUUUGGUGGGUUUUAAGCGGGAGGGCGGCUGGCCAGGUGGGGGCGAGAAGAACUAGGGAGCUUUCUCCCAUUGCAUUUCUAGAUGAGCAUGUGCCCGUGAAAAGCCCAUGGUGCUGUAUAUAAAUCCCCCUCUGCUAACUACAGCAUUGAACGCCCCCGUGCAGGAAAAUGUGGGAAGGGCUGUCUGCAAAAGAAUAGCUAGUGAUGGGAAAGACCAUAAUCUGUGCUCUCUGUUUUAAAACAUGUUCCUUCUGUUUUUGCAACAAAAAAAAAAUUAGCAAUAAGCCAAGAUGUGGACUUGAGGGAGACUGGCACAUUGGCUGACUCAGCAGUGUCUCUUUGCCUUUUUUAAGGGCCUUAAAAAGUUGCAGGUAGAAAGUCUGCCCUUUGACUCGCUGUGUGCCCUUAAACGAGGCUUCCUUGAAAAGGGUUUUGGGGACAGGAACCAAUGGCAAGGGUGGCGGAAGCUAGUAAGAAGAUCAGUAGACUAAAUUCCUGUCUGUACUGUGAAAUUGAGACAUUAGCCAUUAGUUAAUUACUUCUUGGGGAGGUGAGGUUUUGGUAGCAAAUUAAGAGAGGCAACCAUGUAGUGGAACCACAGUGGCUUUACAUCUGCACAAAAAGGGUCGACAGACCUCUCUGGCUGCAAAUGUCCUUAUGCUUAGGUUGGCAGUUGAGGAUUAAGAAGCCAUUAAGGCUAGCUGCAUUUGCUCACUCUUCUGUGUUCAAGUCUUUCAAAUAAAACAUUCAUCUUUUCCUUGUGCCCCCAUGCUCCUUCCCAACAACUAUUGGCAGAAUUUGUAAAGACCCCUCAGUUCACCAGUCUGCAAAUGAACUCUUGCUUAAACUUUAAAUUUUGUUUUCAGAAACUUUGCCAGUGCGUUUUCCCCUACUAACUUCACUUCUUAUCCUUUAGGUGAAAGUAAUACCAGCUGGAUGAAACCGGAGUGCUGCUCCCCAUGAGUAGAAUUCUAGCCAGUACAAGCCAGCACAGAAGGAAAGGUGGUGAGCGGAAAGCCUGACGGUAACAAGCCGGUAACGAAGGGAAAAGAAGGCAGACCUGAAUAUUGAAGAGAAGUAUGCCGAGAACAUGGCAGAGGCUUUUUGAAAUCUUCAAUAAAUUAUUUAAAAACUUUUACAAA